CACAGACACGCUUUUAAACGCGAAACUUCCGGUUUACCCAAAAGGAAACGAGAACAGGUUUCCAUGGCAACGUAGACACAGAGCCGCCGACCUGAACGGGAAAGCGCGUGCAGCAGAAUCUUCGUUAUCAACCUUCGCUGCAGAAAUCCGGCCUAGCAAUUUCUGUGCGAUUAAUUCAUCAUGGAUUUUGAGAACAAACUAGAAGAACUUAACAUGACACCAGAUGAAAUAAACCAUUUCACUAAAGCCAUGAAGAACGAGAAGUUUCGUGAGCUGCUCCAUGAAUACGCAGAGGAAAUAUCAAACCCUGAGAACAAGAAGAAGUAUGAGGAGGAAAUCACACAGCUGGAGCAGGAGAGGGGCAUGGAGGUCAAAUUUAUCCACCCCAGUCCCCAUCAUGUGCUGAAGACCAGUGUGAAUGGAAAAGAGAAGUGUUUUAUCAACAUCUGCUCGAAUAAUCUAAUCAACAAGCCUACAUGUGAAGCCAGAGCGAAUGAACAGGGCCAGGUUGGACAGUGCUGGUCACUGCCAUACAGUCUAACACCUGGCAGGCCUGAUAGAGACAGCAGGGGCAAUAAGUGUAUGAUAUAUGAUGUUGUUUUUCAUCCAGACACACUCUACAUGGCAGGCAAGAACACAAGAUUCAUGAAGCUUGUGAACAGAACUGCUACUCAAGGGGUCGAGACCGCCUUUAAAGUCACACUGGAGAAAGCCUAUAAGUUAUUGAAAAAAAUCCAAUACAAGGGUGUGCCUCAGCCAGCUGUAAUACGUAAACCAAUCCCAGGUCAGCCCAGGAACAAGGAAUCCUCUUCGCAUGAUGGAGCUUACCCAGACACUAUGCCAAUCGAAAAUCCUGCACUUUCCUUACCUUCUCUUACUCAAAGUUCUGUCAAACAAAGUUCUUCACUGCCUAUACAACCACACUACAUGGUUAAAUAUAGAUCAUUUGUUGAUCUGCAGGACUACAGAUGCUCCAGAGACUCAGCUCCAAGUCCACGCCCAAAAGAGAUUAUCAUAACCAUAGAUUUACCCCUUCUUAAAACAGCAGCAGAUAUUGACCUAAAUGUGACUGACAGAAAUCUGACUUUAGCGUCUCGAAAGCCAAACUACAAAUUGGAGCUAAAGUUAUCCUAUCCUGUGGAUAGUGACAAAGGAGAAGCCAAAUUCAACAAAGCUACAAAAGAGCUCGUCAUAACUCUGGCUGUACAGCCAGCUAAAAACCCUGCUGUGGGUUAUAUUGAGGGAAAUCAGUCUGAAAGUGAUGAUAGAGAUUUGAUGAAGAGUCCAGAUAAACCAGAUGAAGCACAGCAUGAUGCAGAACUGGUCACAGAACAUACAGAACAACAGAAUUUCUCCGAUACAUGUUCUGAAGCACAGCCUCAGGAAAACAGGCCUGAACAAGAAGAGGAAAAAGAUACACAUCUCCACUCUAAUGAUAAAAUUACCUCUUUGGAAUCCGAAUCUAAUCCUUUACAUUUGGCAGAUGCAACACCAACUCCUGAAAUAAACCACACUGACACAUCCAGAUCAUCGGAAAAUGCCAUGAAUAUGCCAAAACAUGGUUUCUUUCCCAGUUCACAUAUAUGUACCCAUAAUAUGUCUGUAAAGCUUCAUGCUAAUGAAGAGACUGGCAAGGAUAAUCUUCCCUCAGGCACUAAAUCAGUACAACAUUCUGCCAUGGCACCUGCUGUAAAGCUUGAAGAUUUUACACAAUUUUCUCUAAUGGAUGGAACAGAAAAUGGGUCACCACUCGAGGUUCCUGCAAUGGAGUCACAAAUACAACAGGCUGCAACACAUGUGGACGAAACUUUGCAGGAUGUUCGAAAUAAUCCUGCAAACACAUCCAACUGGUUAAUGGAAAAAACUGAGGUACCGGUCAUCAGUGAUGGACCAACCCAACUUAAUUCUCCAUUAGACAAAGAUAAUACAAAUAAUUCAUGUGAAGUUCAAGUGAUUAAGGCAUUGUCUAAGGAAGAAAAUAGUUGUAGUAAUCUCAGUUCCACCCUAAUGCAACUAAAUGAGCAAAUGGAUAGUGCUGAUUCUUCCAAACAGACCAAAACAAAUAUUACUAUGACCACUCCUGCUAUCCUUAGAGAGAAAAAUCCUGAAGAUAGCAGUGAGGUCAUUAUUGUUGACCAGACCACUUCUGUUGCCCUCUCCUUUCAAAACUCUCUGUGGUUUGAGCUUGACUAACAACAUGACCAACAACAUGCUUAACUUUAAGUAUUUUAUUAUUUUAUUAUAUAGGUUUUAGUGAUGUUAUAGUAACACAUGAUUGGCAUAGGUACCCAAAUAAAAAUAUCAGUUUGUAAUAUUGUCAAUCAUUAAAUAAAUGACAUUUCUAAAUUCAAAACUUAAUUUUCCUGUUUUUUUUGCAACUCAGCGGCUGAGGAUUUGUAUUUUGCCGAAGUCUGUUCACGUGGUGUUUGUGUGUUUCUCUUGCUAUGGGAGUUGCAGUCCUGCAGUACAAAGACAUGCAGUGUAGAAUGAUUGUGUUUCCAAAUUAUUCAUACAAUAUGAUUGGGUGUGUCUGUGCUUAUGCCCUGCCUUGUGCUCUGACAUUAGUUUCUUUGGUUGGAUAGGGUCUAAGCCCCCCUGCAACUAGUGUGGAAAUAGAUGAAUUAAUUAAAUAUCCCAAUUUAUUCAUUCACUGCUCUUUUGCAAGAAGGUUUCCUCUCCAGCCUUUAAUAAUAGUUGGUGAUUUUAUGAUUUUUCUGGUUUCUUUAAGCAAUGAUCUUAACUCUUCAGCCCUUUCUAAACGUUUUGCAUUUUGGGAAAUGACUUAUGAGGCAUACAAAAAUAAACUAAGUAAUGCCUUUUAGGCGGCUGUAAGUUUAUAUGAAUAAGACU